UUUAAGCUUUCAACAUUCUCGAGACUACUCUCUCUUUGAUGCUCUUGUCUCCAACUGUAUGCAUGCCAGAAGAGAACAAUAAUUCUUUUAUGAGCAGUACAUAUAAGCUCAAUGUCUGCAACUGUUCCAAUAUACUGGGGCAAAGCCCAACUGCCCAGUUGAAGUGACCAAGCUCUACUUUAGCUUUUGGCCCAUCCCUUCAUUUUACAAACUGAGAAGCUCCCAUAAAUGAAUCCCAAAAGCUGUGUCUGCCUCUGCUAGGUUUUGACAUUAAUGUAGUUGGAGUUUUGGGGUGUGCUUUUUGUAAUGGGGAAGAUUGGAGGAGCUGGCUCCUGGUUGACUGCAGUGAAGAGGGCCUUCAGGUCUCCAAGUAAGAGAGAAGAACAUGAACAAGAGGAAGAAGAAAAGAAGCGGGGAAAACGAAGAUGGAUUUUUCGGAAACAUUCCAACAACAACGAGACCGGCGUACAACUCUGUGAAACAAGGACUAUAACCACCAGAGCCAAUUCUGCAGAGACCACCGGCACUGCGAGAAUGGCUACAAAUCCGGUUUCUGAGGCUGCUGACGCUGAGAAAAGGCAUGCCAUUGCAGUGGCAAUGGCGACGGCAGCCGCAGCCGAGGCAGCAGUUGCGACGGCGAAAGCAGCGGUGGAGGUUGCUCGCCUUACUAGGCGGCCUUCCAUCUUCGUUAGAGAACACUGUGCCGCCAUUGUUAUUCAGACCGCAUUCAGAGGCUAUCUGGCCAGGAAGGCUCUUCGGGCGCUCAAAGGGCUGGUGAAGCUGCAGGCUUUGGUGAGAGGCCACAACGUCCGGAAGCGAGCAAAGAAGACUCUUCGCUGCAUGCAAGCUCUGGUUCGAGUCCAAGCCCGGGUCUGUGAUCAGCGCAAGAGACUCUCGCUCUCACACGAGGAGAAAAUCGACUCCAUAUUCAGCGAUCCUAGCAGCUUAUGGGAGUCAAAUCUUCUCAAUAGAAAAUCCAUGUCUACUUGGGAUUGGGAUGAUCACCCACACACCAAGAAACGUGAAGAAGAGGCCCUUGCUCAUGCCUUCGCCCACCAGAUAUGGAGAUCGUCCAGAAAGGACCAGUACCAUGCUAGUGAAGGAGAGCUUGAAGACAAACCAAGACGGCUCGAUCGGCGGAUGGUGACAAAGCAUUGGGAGAGUACAGGCAGAAGCUCAUGUGACCAAAGAGAGCACAUAAAAACAGUUGAAGUGGACACCUCUCAGCCUUACUCCUACUCAACCCCCAUCUGCCAGAGACCAUUCCAUCAGCCCCCAUCUCCUAUCACGCCCUCUCCAUAUAAGAUCAAGCUUUUCCAAGCUCAUUCAGCCAGCCCUCGAUGCCAUUCAGCUGCUCAGACACCGAAACUAGGCUCAAUUUACUACCAUGGAAUGUGGUCAAGUAGCAGCGCCGGGGCUGCUGCAAUGCCAAAUUACAUGGCCUCUACUGAAUCAGCCAAUGCUCGGGCCCGGUCCCAGAGUGCACCACGCCAGAGGGCUUCAACCCCAGAGAGGGAUAGAUCAGGGUCGGCCAGAAAACGCCUUUCUUUCCCUGAUCCUGACCCGUUCGGAGCCACUGGCAUUGAGGGCGAAACUUUUGGUAGUAACUUUGAGGGCUCGAAUGUGUCUUCGUGUUGUGAAGAGAGCCAUGGUGGUGAGAUCAACAUUCAACCAGUCAUCUUGGGAAGGGGCUGAGGAUGGGAACCAGAAAUGAAGUUUUUAGUAUGAAAUUCAGAGUCAAGUUGUAGAUGAUGAAGGGGAAUGUAUGAUUUGAGAGAUGAAAAUUCUCAUCUGUAAUGAAGUUUGUAACAACCAAAUCAAACCUUCCUCAAAAGCAAUACCAAACAAUCUUUUCAAUCC